AUGUUGGCGCCGCUCGCAAAACCCUCCAAACCCUCGGAGGCUUUUAAUUUGUCUCUUUUUGCAAGGCGGCGUCGCCUCUUCCUUCGGCUGCUGCUGUUCCUCUGUUUCGUUUUGCUGCUAGUAGCAGCAACUUUGCUGCUGCUGCUGCUGCUGCACAGCAGCAGCAGCAGCAGCAGCAGCAGCCCCGUGUCCCCCUUUCUAACCGACGGCUUAUCCCUGGGGGGCCCCCGCAGCAGCUCGAAAGCAGCAGCAGGGGAGCUUCCAGAGGGGGCCCCCGCAGCAGCAGCAGCAGCAGCAGCAGCAACAGAAGCAGCAGCAGCAGCAAGCUUUCGAAAGUCGCAGCGGUUCUACAAAGCAGCAGCAGCAGCAGCAGCACAAGGGGGAGUUGUGCUGCAGUGGAAUGAGAGUACCAUUCGGCUGCUGCGGGAGUCAGCAGCAAGAGAGGUGUUCUUCCUUUUCUAUGACCCCGAUCCAGCUGCUGCUGCUGCUGCUGCUGCUGCAGUGCAGCAGCAGCACCCGCAGCAGCAGCUGGAGGACCCCCUAGCGGUCUUCCAGCGGCUCGCUGUGGAAGCAAGCCGCGAGCAGCAGCAGCAGCAGCAGCAGCAGCAGCAGCAGCAGCAGCAGCAGCAGCAGCAGCUGCUGUUUGUGACUGUGGCCCGCCAAGACAUGCACCGGCUUUCUUUCUUUUUGCCCGAAGGCCUCGAGCUGCUGCUGCCAGCAGCAAUUAUAGUUCGUUUGGAUUGCGGCUGGCAGAAGUUUGCUGCAGCAGCAAAAGACAUCUUCAGCUUCCCCCAAAUGCUGCGCUUCCUCCACAACUACCGAAACGGUCAGCAGCAGCAGCAGCAGCAGCAGCAGCAGCAGCAGCAGCAGCAGCAGCAGCAGCAGUGGUAG